UGAAUUCUGAAAUCAAAAUAUUUUUCACGAAGUGCCGUCGCGAUAUUUUCAUAAUUCAUUUGCCUAAUUUAUUUCGUAUUAAACGUACAAAUUAAGGAUAUGAAGAAUUUAUAAAGACAACUUAUAAGUAAAGGUUAUUGAUAAACGUGAAAUGCGGUGAUUAAACGUGUAAAUUGUUCAAUAUUUAUACGUCGUAUAGGUAUGAAAUAUCAUCGAUGUUAAACGAUAUUGUUAGGUUAUAAUAUAAUCUUAAGCCAGCAAAAUGGACAAGAUGACCAACCAACACCACUACAUGUCCGUCAGCAGCGGCUGUAGCACUCGUGUUGGUGAAAUUGAACAUAUCAGUCAUUUAUCAGAACACAUCGGGUCACUAUGCCUCUCAUCAGAGUACUCAGAUGUGACAUUGAUAGUGGAGGGGCAGAGGAUCCCCGCUCACAAAGUCAUUCUAGCUGCAAGUAGUGACUAUUUCAGGGCUUUACUUUACGGAGGGAUGAGGGAGUCCAAUCAGUCAGAGGUGGAGCUUCAAGCGCCGCUGCAAGCUUUUAAAGCUCUCCUGCGAUAUGUGUAUUCAGGUCACAUGGGUCUGUCCCUCCUCCGCGAGGACACAGUUCUCGACAUGCUCGGCCUGGCGCACCAGUUCAACUUCCAGAAGUUGGAGGCGGCCAUAUCGGAUUAUUUGCGGCAAGUGCUGGCGCUGAGGAACGUUUGCUCUGUGCUGGAUGCUGCCAGAUUAUACGGUCUGGAAGCAUUGAUGGACUACUGCUACAACUUCCUGGACAGGAACGCCACUGAGGUGUUGCAGCACGACACUUUCCUUCAAUUGUCCGUCGAAGCACUUCAAGGUCUACUAGAGAGAGACUCGUUCUUCGCCCCGGAGGUGGACAUAUUUAAGGCAGUGUGUAAUUGGUUCAACGCAAACCAGCAGUGGGUCAAGUCUGACAGCGGGAUGGCACAAGUGGAGAAGAUCCUGAAAUGUGUCCGUUUAACCCUGAUGAGUCUGGAAGAGCUGCUCACAGUGGUGCGACCUUUCUCGUUGGUGACGCCCGACAUGCUGCUUGACGCUAUACAGGAGAAGACCCAGACGAACAGCACUGACCUGCCGCAUAGGGGGCUCCUGUUGCCGGAGGAGAACGUGGCGACGGCGAAGCGCGGCGCCCGCGUGCUGACCGGCGACAUGCGCGCGGCGCUGCUGGACGGCGACGUGGACAACUACGACAUGGAGCGCGGCUACACGCGCCACACCAUCUCCGACGCGCCCGACAACCCGGGCAUCGUGGUGCGCCUCGCCACCACCACCAUCGUCAACCACCUGCGCCUGCUGCUCUGGGACCGGGACAACAGAUCAUACGCGUACUACAUAGAAGUGUCGGUGGACCAGAAGGACUGGGUGAGGGUGAUCGACCACAGCAACUACUUCUGCCGCUCCUGGCAGAACCUGUACUUCGAGCCGAGAGUGGUGCAGUACAUCAAGAUUGUGGGCACCAGCAAUACGGUUAACAAGGUGUUCCACGCGGUGUCGCUGGAGGCGAUGCACACGGCGCGCGUGCCGCCGCUGUGCGACGGGCUCAUCAAGCCGCUGCACAACGUGGCCACGCUCGACCUCUCCGCCGUCGUCAUCGAGGGCAUCAGCCGCUCUCGCAACGCGCUGCUGAACGGCGACACGGAGCACUACGACUGGGAGCAGGGCUACACGUGCCACCAGCUCGGCUCCGGCGCGAUCGUGGUGCAGCUCGCGCAGCCCUACCUGCUGUCCUCCAUCCGCAUGCUGCUGUGGGACUGCGACUACCGGCACUACUCGUACUACGUCGAGGUCUCGCUCAACUACUGGCACUGGGAUAUGGUCGCCGACAGAACAAGGGAUCACUGCAGGUCCUGGCAAGUGAUUUACUUCUCGCCCCGGCCGGUGUCCAUCAUUCGCGUCGUCGGCACCAAUAAUUCUGUCAAUGAAUUUGAUCAUGUGCAGGUGUUCCACCUCGUGCACCUGGAGUGCCCGGCGCAGGUGGAGCGCGAGGACCCCGCCGCCAAGAAGCAGCGCGCCGAGGGCGCCGACACCAGGCUCGCGCCGCAGGGCGGCAGCAGCAACGCGAGCAGCGGCAGCCAGGAGCGGCGCUCGCCGUCGCCGGCGCGCGAGGGCGCCGCCCCGGAGCCGCCGCGCCGCGCCCUGCCCGUCGCCGAGACCGCCACCGAGGCGGAGGAGCGCUACGAGGCGAUCGACUAACUGCUCCUCUGGCUGUGCAGCUGGUGAGCGCCCGCACCCCCUCCCCACCCCACAGGGUAACUCACCGCAUCACAACUGCAGAGCGACAACCCUGAGAUGGACCCGACUCGACGUGUAUGUGGGGUGAGGGUUUGCACCAAACGCACUAACUAUCUACACUAAUCGCACUUUAUAUGCGAUAGACGAAUUACUAUCGCGCUGCCAUAAUUCGUUAUGAAAUGAUCUAAGGUUCACGCUCCAACCAUGGUAGAAAAUAAUUAGCAUUAUUAAAAAUUUAUCAAAGUAGUUAUUGCAUAAUCUUUCUUUUCCAUUUGGUAUAUGUAAUAUGGUGAAGCUUUUCUUUCUCCAACUGAACAUUAUUGGAGCACUUACCAUUACUGGUUUAGUUACCUUACAGUGCACCAAUCGCAUUUCACAAAUCUGAAAGCUGUGGUGUACCAGACUACCCGAGAGAGACGCAAAAAUAAUAAUGCAUCGGUCGUAUAUCUCAUAGUGGUAAAAAAUAAGCAGAAUUUCGAUAGCAUUAUUGGAGCGCAAAUAUGAGCUGAUCCUCAUAUCAAUUCGUAAAAAUGAACAAACAAAACAUAAGAUGUACUAAUAAAGUUUGGCAAAUUUUCGAUCUGUUAAAUUCUAGUUAAUUAACUAAAGUUUGUGUGUUAGUUACACAAAAAGAAGAUGCUAAAAUGUGUGAGAUUUUGUGAAGCAAAUUUCGAAUUGUCUUGAUUAAAACAAUCCUUGAUAUAAUACUAUAUUCAUAUUAAUAAUGAAAUAUAAAAUAAUGUGAUAUGAAUUGUGAUGUGUUGUGAGACAUUGCAAAAUAUUCCAAAAUGUAAGCUUGUAAAAAGACUCGUAUUCAUAUCAAAAUAUAUUUCCGAUUUCAUUCUGAACAAUAUAAAAUACUUACAUAUAUUCUUUCAGAUUAUAUUUCUUUAGUAAAUUCGAAUACCAUUUGUCAUUAUCAUUGAGUGUAGACUUGAAAAUAACAUUUUUAAGAUUAAAUUGAAUUUCGAAGCACAUGAUUUAUUUUUAAUUGAUUUAAUGUGUAAAAUCUAAAAUCAAUUAUUUUUAACUUUCGUCUUUUUUUUUCAUUUUAAACAAUAACCAAUUGGCCAAUACUACUGCAAGCCUUCUUAUAUAUUUAUUAUAUUGUGAAAUUAACGACAUCCAAUAUAUUAAUAAUAACGAUGUAGAAAUAAGUUAUCAGAAAAAUGACUAAAAUGGAUUUAAUUAAUAAGGGACAUCAGUGUAACUGUGGUCUCAGACUCUGGUAUCGUUUUAUUAUAAGAAUUAAAUGUUAUUUUAUGGUUUACAGUUAUGUUUGUAUUUAUAAGGUUUAUUAGUGUUGUCUAGUCUGUAAAUAUGUAGAAUGCAUGUCUAUAUUCCCGGAGCAGGUGGAAAACAAUGUUUAAUUAAAAUAUACCAUAACUAACCCACCUUUAUUGUAUAUAUUCAAUUAAUGUUAACUAAUUUUAAUGAAUGCUUCUUUAGAGAGUUCCAGUACUAUGAAGUAAAGUAUUAUAUCAACGCUCAAGUAAAAUUAUGAAGAAGAAUAUUUUGAUUGUAUUAUUUUUAAAAUAAUAAUAUUAACCCUGCCUGCUCUUGGAAAUAUUCCAUUGAAUAAUACUUUUUUUAUUUUAUCUAUUAACUCUGUCAUAAUUAAAUAUUGCAACUAAACUAAAUAUACAAGAUUAGGCAAUAAUAGUAAUUACUAAUUUGCGCAUAAUUAAAUAAGUUAAGUGAAGAUUACAUGCUUUUUUUGUUAUAACUCUUGGCGCCAACACUGUAUGUGCCUAAGCAAUAAAGUUGAAGUGGUAGAUAAUAUGCUUAGUUCUUACACUAAAGAAUUUCCCUCUGUUUUCAGAACUAUAUAGUAAAUAUCGAAUAUAUAUACACCUAAAUAUAUAUUAUUAAGCGAUUGAUUUUAUUUAUUGA